AUGGUUUCAACACAUGUUCCUGUGUCUGAUGCAGGGAGUGAUAUGGGAUAUACAGAUAGAUCACAUAACAGCAAUGCGCAACCUCCUCCUAACCUGAGCGAACCACAUACCAGUACACAUCCCGUUUCACAGCCGCCGCGAUUUCAAUCACCGCGGAAUGAGAAAGCAGAUGGAGCCACUAGCUCUCCUCUGGCCAGUCCAGGACACAUCGCCUUGCCACAGAUACCUCCAGCUGAUGGUUACGAGAACACCGCUGACAUCUGGGCUGACAGAGUGAACAAUGACUUGCGAAUAUACAGCCCGCCUAAAGAGCCAUUUUCUCACCAGGUAACGGGGAAAACUAAUCCAGGCUCAUUACGCGACCUGCCGCCAUCAGGCGUCCAGCUGGGGUCAAAUAAUCCGUUUCUUAAAGCAAAACUGAGUCGCGAUCAGAAUCUUAACACCGAGUCAAACUCUCUGGAGGAGCAAACGCUACACCCUACGCAUGGGGACCAGAAUACUUCCCACUAUUCUCAACCGCCUGAUUCCAGCCAGAUGAACAACGAAAUGGCCGCCUUGUCCCUAACUCCACUCGCCCACCAUACCGAUAGUUCAGAGAAUAUCAAACAUACAACUGUCGGCGAAGGCGCAAAUCUAGUUGAGAAAACAGGUAUAUCUGAUGAGAGUUCUGCGGCACAGAAAGUUGUAUCUCCAAUAGAGUCCGAGAAUUUGAUCGACUUUGAUUCCCAUGAAAACUCGGUAGAGGGCGAACCUCGAUCAGGGCUGCAUACCCCAAGCGAAUCUAGUUUUGAGAAAAUAGACAAAGGCAAAGGAGUAGUGACCCAAGACAUCGAGCCCGAACCCCGUGCAGCGAGUCCAGCUGGAGUUCCGCCAGUUCCAGCUGUAGUCGAGCCACCUUCCGUCCCUAACCAUACGACACCCGUACAAUCAUCCCAGCAUGCAAGCCACAAGUCCGAAAUCUAUGAUAUCCGCAGUGUUAGCUGGACAGACGGUACCACUGAGUUACGACAAUCACCCGUUUUGGUGCAGAAUGAAAAUGGGCCAUGUCCACUUCUAGCUCUUGUUAACAGUCUUGUAUUGAGAUCUCCACUUGGUGCAAAAACACCACUUAUUCGGGCAUUACAUUCCAGAGAAAGAAUAUCUCUGGGGUUACUGAUACAAGCUCUGUUUGACGAACUCAUCAGUUCGUCAGAUGGAAGUGAAGAAUUACCCGAUAUUGAGGCUUUAAGUGUGUUUCUCACCAUGCUGCACACUGGGAUGAAUGUGAACCCACGCUUGACUCCAAUCUUACAUCCUCUUACACCGGGGACCUUCCUGAAAACCCGAGAUAUAGAACUAUACAGUGUAUUCAACCUGCCUUUAGUCCACGGUUGGGCCGCGGCCCCGUCAUCACCAACACACGAAGCAAUGCUUCGUGUGGCUGAAUAUCAUGAUGAUAUUCAACUACUUCAUUUUCAAAGAGAAGACCUAGAGUCUAGAGCCAUUAGUACGGGAUCGUUAACUCUUGAUGAGCAACGAUUGUUUGAGGAUAUUGAUACCAUCCAGCGGUUUGUGGCAAUAGAUAACCCUACCCAGUUAAGCCCAUUUGGCCUCCAGCACCUGGAGAAAUCCCUACCAUCAGGUAGCAUUUGCGUAUUAUUCCGAAACGACCACUUUUCAACUCUCUUCAAACACCCGCUUUCUAACCAGCUAUUCACGCUGGUUACUGAUGCUGGGUAUGCAAGUCAUGCUGAGAUUGUCUGGGAGAGUUUGGUGGAUGUUAAUGGAACCAACUCUGAGCUAUACUCUGGUGAUUUUCGCCCCGUAGGGCAUGGCCCAUCAGCGCAUGUCCAGCCUACUCUUCCAAGCGAAGGGGGGCUACCAGUAAAAGAUUCAACGAACACCACCGAACAAACAGACGCAGACUAUGCUUUUGCCUUAUCGCUACAGUAUGAGGAUGAGCAAAAUCGGCAGGAUGAACCAAGGUCACCGCCCCCAGCCCGCCGACCACAGAAUAAUCUCAGGAUAAAUUCCGAAACCACCUCACCUCGAGGUCGGUCACAUCAUCAAAUACGCAGCACACGCUCUGCAAGUUUUACACAACCAAGUCCCGCUCUCCCAUCUACCUUGACUCCUCUUCCUCGCACACCCACUACCCAUCGUCCACCCCCAUCACGAACCCAGGCUUUUUCUCCAAUGAUUCCUCCUACUUCUGGCCAAUCUGAUAACGACAAUGACCCCAAUGCCCCUCCACCAACAUAUGAACAAGCCGCCCAGGAACCAGCAUACAUACCGCCUCACAACGGAAAUCCGUACCCGCAGCAGCAUCAGGGUUAUACGGGCCCUAAUUCCCGGUAUAAUCAAAUGCCUGGAUACAACCAAGGCCCUCACAUGGCUGGCAGGAGACGGCAAGGUCCUGCUUCGCUUUCGACCUCGUCGUUACCACAGCGCGACUACUAUAGGGAAAGAGACAGGAACAAGGACUGUAUUGUGAUGUGA